AUGGGUUUGGUAGUCGAGGAUGAAAGGAUCAGGCGGGAGAGAGAGGACCAGGAGAAGAGGCGACAGAAGCAGCACAUAGACCGCUUGGCAAAGCAGGUUAAGGCGCUGAUGGAACGGGUAUACGAGUUCCGAGAGCAGGCGGCGAGGGCCAAACAAGAAGUGGCGUCGCAGCAAGAGGAGAACAAGGAGUUGAAGAUGAGAAUAGAGCAGAUGCGCGAGGAUCACAGCGAAAUGAUGGUGGCCCAAGCGCGAGGCGGUUUGACGGGCGGAAUAAACCGCGCAAACGCCAGGGACUCGAAAAACACCAGAGACCGGGAAGCGGAGAUGAGAAGACGUCGGCUCGCCAAGAACGCUCUCCUGGCGGGGGUAGUGGAGGAGGAGGAAGACCUGGUCAUCACUCUCGAGGGAAUAUCGACAAGCUCCCUGGCGCAGCUCAGCGGGCGGUUCUACCGCUGGCUUGGGAAGAAGUUACCCCUAGGGGCAGACGUCAGGGCGAUUCAGGCCCGAUACGGAUCUGCGGUGGCUUCGUACUUCCACUUCUACCGUUGGCUCGUCGGCACCUACAUUUUCAUCGCCAGCUUAAGCCUAGUGUGGAUAGUGUUUCAUGUCUUGAAGCAGGUCAACCAGGGCAGUGCCUCCGUCUUCAGCGCCAGUCUUGUCGGCAUCAUCCCGUCCUUCCUGGCGUACUCGAGCUUCGACUCCUCCAACCGAAACCUGUACGCCAUCAUGGUGGUGCUCACCACGACCGUGCAGGUCGUCUCGGCCACGGUUAAGUGGAUCAGAGAGGACAAGAUUCGCAAGGAACUCUUCAUUGUGGACGAGGAGCAGAAACACGUACAAUUCGCCAAGACUUUCCUCGUCGGCUGGGACAACUCUCUGUCCAACCAGCAGGAGGUGGAGGACUACAGGUUGUCCAACGGGCUGGCCGCCGCCAACAUGCUCGCUGAAGUGAGCCAGGCGGACGCAUCCGCCACGAGGAGCUUGGAUGACAAGAUUUGGCUCUACAGUUACCGGUGCUUCGGCUUCGCCCUGUACGUGGGUGUGCAGAUGGCUGCUUGGGCGGCGAUCAUCUUCCUCACGGCCGAGUCCGACAACGUGGCUAGCGGCCUCGCGCAGCAGCUGCAGUCCGUCGCCUGGAUCUCCCAGGCGGCCGCCGUCAUCUCGACUUCGAUCGUGCCGGCAACGGUGACCGUCAUCAACGCCAUCAUGCCGAUCAUCAUCAAGGCAAUCACCAAGCUGGAGAAGUGGGACAUGGAGAGGACCGUGACAUACAUGCUCACGAUUCGGAUGUUCUUGGCCAAGAUCUUGAACGCCUUCAUCCAGGCUCUGUCGUACCUUCUCUUGGCCGACCCGUACCUUUUCGCCGGACAGCAGUACACAAUCAUUAUCAAUCGGGGCCGCGUGGAGCAGAACUUUGAGCCGUCAGGGUUUGACUGCCGGUUAGAUCAAGCUGGGGCAGGCUUGUUCCAGCUGGUAGUAACCGAGUUCGUUUUUUCCAAGAUCAUCAACUACGCGACUCUUCGAGCUGCCCAGGUCAAAGCCCGGUACUCCAAGAAAUUGUUCGUGAAGCCGGAGUUCGAGGUCGCCAAGCGCAUGGUGGGGCUACUUUACUUUCAGGCCCUGAUCCUGGCGGCGUACCCGUUCUUCCCGAUGGGCACCGUGUUCGUGGCGCCGUUCCUCAUCCUGUCCUUCAAGUUCGAAAAAAAGCUUCUCACCGCAUUUCAGGUCUACAGACCACUUUCCGAGCUCGAUAUGACCAAAGCAAGAAUUUGGGUUUUGGUCGUGAUGAGCGGCGUCGGCAGUAACGGCCAUGAAGAGAUUUGUAGAGACACAUCGUUCCGUCGUUGCCAUUCGACUGUCUAGGUAUCGAGCUUCAAACCUCGGUCCAAGUUUUAUGCGGCCUGGCGCUAUGUUGAGCACUAUAGUUGCCGCCGUGGGAAUUGACACCGAGCGAGCUAGAACAAGCUCUUUGUCACGAGAGGUGGCCUGGUGUGAUAUUUUCUCAACCCGUUCGGACGCUGGUGUUUGCGUGUCUUUCGAAAGCAAUGUCAUCCGGCUUGGAGCGUCUGAACAACCGGAAAAGAGCACCACCUGGCUUUUUCAUCUGAAGUGCUCCGGCUAGGACUCGAUAGGUUAGACCAAUAUCCGACACGGCUGAAGGCAAUGCGAGAGCUAGCAACAACACGAGAUCUUGGGUAUUCUCUACUAUAAGUCGCGGUCGCAUGUCGUCAACCAUGCACCGAACUCCUUGAAACUCAAGAAGCACGGAUGCGUCGUGAAAGUCUCCCUCCGUUGUGCCUCCUUUACCCCCUCUGCAACGCAACGGAAUCAACAGAGGUGAGUUUCCCUCUCUACCAUCCCACCUUACCCUCUCCGGCAUUUCUUUUCCGUUCAUGGCGUCCAUGACACCGCCUUCUGUUGGUGAUGACGAACCAAUGAGCCAACCUUGCUUCACGCAUGAAAUUGGAAUGAUCAACGACAUCCAACAGUCCAAGCCGAAAGGCCGACUGAAGGCGCACGACAGCUACUCCUUCUUCAUCAAGUUUUAUCUAGCGACGCUCGUGCUGCUGGGGGUGAUGGCCACCCUGUUCCUUAUCAUGGGUACCACCUUUGCCAAGAACUGCGACAUACAGGUGGGUGGGUGAGCGGUUUCAACUCAAAGAUCAACAUACAUACACGAAGAAAAACGGGACAUCAACACGUCUCUUGAGCUGAUAGCUGUUGUACCGGUAGGGUAAGCGCCAUUGCUGCAUUUUGUCGAAGAAGCUGAAACGCUGCUGUUGUGUAGGACAUACGCACGAGAUGAUUCCUCGCUUGUUUUUCCUGAAUUUCAUCGACAGAUAGAGCUUCUCGUGUUUCGUUGUUUUCAUGGAAGAAAAAAUGCAGAAAACCAAGCAAAUACAUGUCGGUUCGUGUUUCGUUCCUUUUUUGUUCAGUCGCAACACAACGCAGCACCCGUCAUUUCGUUGGACACAACGUCUUCGAAAAGGGGCAACGCGACGGUUAAACUGUAGUGUUUGCGUGCAAAGAUGCCAUCUCCCUAAAAAGACGUCGACUCAAGACCAAGGUCAUGUUGUGUACUGUUCAAAAACAAUUGGUGCACGCUCUUCCCAAGACCAUUGCACGUACAUGCAUGCACGCCUGAACAAAAGGAUCAUACACGCAAGAUGUAGAAUCGACUCGACCUGAACCUGCCAGGACGGCGAGAUCGGCUUGUGCGAAGGCGACAUGCAGAGCAGCAACUCCACGUGUACGUUGGACCCAGACAACGCCUUCUACGGCUACUUCUCCGAGAACUGCCAAGCACCAGCUGACGAAUAUCCCGCUUGUGUGUGCAAGGUGCGGCUACGAGCCGAGUAUUUUUUUUUUUUUUUUUUUUUUUUUUGUUCUUCACUUCAAAUCAGUGCUCACAGCACUAGUGCCGUUUAUUCCAACCCGUGGUCACACAGAAGAGCCUCUCUCUACCUUCCCCUCCUGCGGUACUUCGCCUUCAAUUUUUAAUGCGAGAAGAGUUCAGCACUCUCUUCCCUCUGUGUACACACGAACUAGCGCUAUCCACUUGGCCAGGAGCGGAAGCGAGAGAAAAACUCACUUUGCAAGAAAAGCUCGCCUACGGCGGGAUUCGAACCCCUGACCUGACCUCUAGAAGGUUACGAGGCUACCAACUAGACCACCGGG